CGCGAUCAUCACAGCCACCAAGUCCACAGCCACCAAGUCCAAACCCAUGGCGGAAGAUCACCAAGCGCUUAUGAACGGUGACGAGGAGACCUCAAGGGAGAGCCCUUCAAGGCUCGUAGUUCGCUCGCACUACACAUUGACCAGAGGAGAAGUGACAAGGUCCUUCGCCAAUCGCCUCUUACAUUCCCAUGCAUACAUAUUCUUUUAUUUGUGUAUGACGGCCCUAUCCAUAACUACUGUGGUUCUGAGUCUGGUUCGUGGAUGCCCUGGAACUGCGUUCUUUGUGUUGGAGUUUAUUAUAAACACCGCCAUGAUAAUUGAAGUCAUUACACGAGUAUUGGCUCUUUCGAAGCUAUUCUGGACUUCGGUAUUCAACUGGCUCGAUAUAGCUAUGACUUUGUUCUGCUUCGUAACUCUCAUUGUCAUCCUUUCGACACCUUGCGCAAGCAAAGAAGAAGAAGUUUUCGACACUUUGCUUCUCGCCGCACGUAACAUCGUUCAGUUCUGGAGACUUGCAGCGAUAAUGAAAAAAUCCGGGACAAGCAUAUUCGCGCGACCGAAACCCAUUGAUUUGUCUCGCUCCCGUGCAAUGGACAUCGACCUUGAUGAUGAUGAAUUGGAGUCACCAUCCAAUGCAGGCUACGUCGCCCUCCCCCCUCAAGAGAUAAUAUUUGAUUCCAGACAGGAGCGACAAGAGCUCCUAAAACCUUCCUCAGCACCUGUACCUGCACCACCGGAAGGCGAGGAAGAUACGUGGGCGAACCUCGGAUAACCAGCAUUUUCCGCCUAGAACCCUCCACAUACUGUCAUUUUUCAGUCAUUGUAUAGUUUAAAUGAUUCGAAGCUCUUUCCACUGGCGUGUCGUUGAGAGUCGUGAUUGAAUUACACUCCAAUCCGCUUCCGGCUUUCUCUCUCCCGCACCAUCGACACUCGGCGCUUCCGGUCGGGGCGAGAAUACCGUUCUGUAGUGUAAAGGUCUAAAAUAGAUCUACGUCACGGUAGCUAUGAACAUCCUAAAGCGACGCGGGUUAACUCGUUCAAUGUGCAUCACUGGCUGGACUUUUCGCAGGAGAACCUGUGUGCACUUCACUGACUUUUUGGGUGGUUUCCGAUGAUUUAUCAAUAAUCUUUGUUUACUCAGUGAUAAUGCACAGGAUA